CCCCAAUCUUAACUCUCAGAACCCAAACCCAAACCCAAACAAACCUCCACUUCACAAAGUUCACAGAACCAGUUCUUCCUUUCCUCCAAGAAAAAAAAAAGAAAAAGAAAAACUGAAAAAACUAACCAAACAACAACCAACUGUCACAGCGUUUUUUCCACCACCAAAAACGGUAGCGUUUCGAAUGUUCGUCACAAACCCUAGCUCCCUCUUCUUCUCAGCCAAGCUCUCCGCCCUCCGCUGCCGAGCCUCCGCCGCCGACAUAAAUCCGACGGGCCCCACAUUCCCUCGCAAAUGGUUCCAAUUCCCCUCCAUCUCCGCCUCCUCCGCCGAUAUCUCCAUCGGAAUCGGAAUCGACUCCGACUCUGCCGCUAACGACGGCUCGGCUCGGCGCGCCGGUAAAAAUGGCGGCCAAGUGAAUGCGAAAGAGAAGAAAUGGUCGCGUGACAGAGAGAGCUACUUGACUGACGAUAGCGACGCUCUUCCACUGCCAAUGACUUAUCCUGAUUCUUCUCCGGUCCCACCCGAAGUUGUCGAUCAACGGCUCCGAUGCAAUCCUGUAUUUGAGGACUGUAAGGAAGUCGUGUACGAAUGGACUGGAAAGUGUCGAAGUUGCCAAGGAUCGGGACUUGUCAGCUAUUAUAAUAAAAGAGGAAAAGAGACUAUCUGCAAAUGCAUACCUUGUCAGGGAAUAGGAUAUGUGCAGAAGAUAACAGCUCGCACGGACAUUGAAGUAAUGGAGGAUUUGGAUAAUGGAAAACCACCAUGACUGAAUCAAUAUAUAGUUUUUAUUUUUUAUUUAUUUUUUUCCAAUUCGGGAAUAAUACUUUACCAUUGUUUUGAUGAGUUGUACUUUCUCCCUCAAACUUUCUUCAUAGUUUUCAUGUAAUAACCUUUUAGGUUCACCCCUUGAAAGAUAAAAGCUAAAUGCUAUUACACACUA